AGCAACAUUUGCGAAGUACGCAGCAUUCAUGAUGACGUAAGCAGGAAGUAGCAGAGCUUUCGACCUCGACGAAAUCCAAAUCAUCGGCUGAAGAUGAGUCGCAUUUAUGACAACUCUGCGUUAUUAAACAAACCUGUCCAUAAUGAGAAAUUGUCCUCCACAUGGGAUCCUUUAGUUCACCAGAGUGGUCAUGGUGUCAUUUUAGAGGGGGCGGUCGUGGAUAUGUCACGCCAUGUCAUAACAGAUGUGAACAACAGAAAGGAGCGCUACAAUGUAUUGUACAUCAAGCCAAGCAGAAUACAUCGCAGAAAAUAUGAUUCAAAAGGAAAUGAAAUUGAACCUAACUUCAGUGAUACCAGGAAGGUCAACACAGGAUACCUGAUGUCUUCCUUCAAAGUGGAGGCUAAGGGUGAAACAGAUUGUCUAAAUGAGCGCCAGCUGAGUGACAUUGUGAAUAAGGACCAGCUGGUUAAAAUAACAGCAAAACAUUGUCCUAGUCAGUCCUUCGCAUUCUGGAUCUCAGAAGCAGAGAUGGACAGAACCGAGCUCGAGCCAGGCCGAGAAAUCCGCCUUAAAACAAAAGGAGACGGGCCCUUUAUUUUUUCCUUCGCCAAACUGGAUGGUGGUACUGUGACGAAGUGCAAUUUUGCAGGAGAUGAGAACGCUGGAGCAUCGUGGACAGAGAAAAUACUGGCUAACAAAGCAGAUCGGGAAAAUAAGGGGAAGAGCGGCGGUCAGUGUGAGGGAGCAGACGAUGAAGAAUGGGAUGACUGAACGACACCCUUGAGCUUCACCGUGCAUCAUAGUGCCUUAUCUGUCUACCAAAUGUGUAUUUACGCCACAAAACAAGACCACAUGGUCAGUAUUCAUUUGUUAUCACAUGAAAAUAUCUUAAAUAAACCGCAAAAGUACCAUUUUAAAAUAAAGACUUUUGUAUUUUAAUUUCCUUUUAAGUAUAUUGUGUAUAUUAAGGAGAUAUCCUUAAAGUGAUAAUUCACCCAUAAAUGAAAGUUUUGUCAUCACUUAAUCACCCUCAUGUUGUUCCAAACCCCUGAGACUUUUGUAAGAAUUUUUAAUGAAAUACGAGAAAAGAUCAUCAAAAUGUUACAAUAGUCCAUGUGUGCAUUCCUCGGAUUCUCAUAGCGUCGUAAAAUUAAGGUUGAACCGAUUGAACUGAUGUCACAUGGACAAUCUUUACUAUGUCCUUAUUGAUUUUCUGAGCCUUGAAUGUGAUAGUUUUGUUGUUUUCUAUGCAGGGUCAGAAAGCUCUCGGUUUUCAUCAAAAAUAUCUUAAUUUGUGUCUUGCGGAUUUGGAAUGACAUGAGGGACAGUAUUUUUAUUGUUGGGUGAACUAUCCCUUUAAGAUCAUCAAGCACUGUAAACUGAAAACAGUUCUACAAUAUCAUAUUUAGAAAUGCAACAAUAUUAAAAUUAUAGCCAAUUAGUGGCAUUAUUGUUAAACCAGUAGUAUUAAAGGCUACAACUGAAUUUAGAUAUCACAACAUUAUUGUGUUCAGUAUAAAAAUGUAUAUUUCGUUUGAGACAUGCUGAAGAUUACAUUUCUUUUUUUUUUAAUGAGAGCAAAGGUUCUCUAAAUGUAAAACUAAGAGGAAAUGACCAUGUACAAUUUAAAUGUCUAAUAUAGAUAUAAAAUAUCUAAUCUCAUAACAUCAUAGAUCUAUUGGAGUAUGAAUGCACCCCAAAAUGUAAAAAAUAAUACAGUUGUGUAAAAAGAAUGCACUUUAUUUAAAGAUUUAGAUGUUUGCCUUCAAUAAAAACAAUAAGUCUAAUAAAAACACACAUCACA